AUGGAAGGUGGAGGGUUGAAAUGCUUGGCUCUAGUGUUUGCUGUGGUGGUCUUGAUGGGUGCACCAGACCCAACGUUGGGUGUUGAAGUUGUGAUCGAGUGUUCUCAACCUGACUGCACCAACAAAUGCACAGAGGCCUAUGGGAACAAGCUUAUUUCUGCUACAUGUGAAGAUGUACCUUUUGUGACGGGAAAGAAAAUUUGUGUAUGUAAACAUCAAUAA